ACACACAUACUGAUUAGUACACGAUUCCGGAAACGCGCUCAGUCCAUGCUCAACCACACCGUGUCUAAGGAAGCAUUAAUAAGCUCGGCUACGUUAGGAGUCGUGUUUAUUACCGCUUAUUACAUCCGUAAACACCGGAGCGUACGGUUCAGUAUGAGUAACUUUAAGAGCCACGUGGCGGGGAAGGACGACCCUGUGAUGCAGUACGUCCUCAACCACUCUCUGAGAGAACACCCGGCUCUGAAGAAGCUCCGCCUCAAAACCAUGGAGCACAGGGGGAACCCUAUGAUGGUGGCGUGUGAACAAUCUCAGUUCAUGGCAAACCUGGCAAGACUCAUCAAAGCCAAGAAGGCCAUCGAGAUCGGUGUGUAUACGGGCUAUAACACUCUGAGCAUCGCGCUGGCGUUACCUGACGACGGUAAGGUGGUGGCGUGUGACGUGAGCGAAGAAUACGCCGACAUUGGCAAACCCUUCUGGAAAGAGGCCGGAGUUGAACACAGAAUAGACCUGCGCGUGCAGCCGGCGCUCAAAACCCUGGAUGAUCUACUGGCUGCAGGGGAGGCCGAGACGUUCGACUUCGUGUUUAUCGAUGCUGAUAAGCAGAAUUACGACAAUUAUUACGAGAAAUCUCUGCAGCUGGUGAGGAAAGGAGGAAUCAUCGCCAUCGACAACGUGCUGUGGAGUGGGAGGGUGUUGAGUCCUGCAGAAGAUGACGUGGACACGCAGAGCAUCGCCACACUGAAUAAGAAGCUGCACAGAGACGUGCGAGUAAACCUGAGCAUGCUGACGGUGGGGGACGGCCUCUCGCUCGCGUUUAAACUAUAACACGCUAACCUGCGCGAGUCCUGCUCCGGCACACCUGACGCGACGUCAUCAGCAAAGCAGCACACCUUGUACACCUUAUACACUGCCCCGACCGUCAGUCACGCCCCGCCCCCAUGCCCCGCAAGUUAGUUACGCACCCCGACCAUCAGUUAUGCACCAUGCCACGCCCCACCCAUCAGUUACGCACUGUGCCACACCCUGAAUGUCAGUUACGCCCCAUGCCACACCACCAAAUCAGUUACACGUUGAUGUUUUUUUCAGGUGUGUUAGAGCGGGAAACCUCGAGCGAGUGAGAAACGUCAGCGUGUCCAGUAAAGUGCCCUUCAAUCCACUUUACUUCACUCCUGUGCUGUCCUAGCACUCUGUGAUCAACGUGCUAAACCGCUGUGCCUCUUAUUUCCAUCAGACGUGUUUAACGAUAUAAAGAUUAGGAAAUGGCCCCAUCGUUAAAGAAGGAAUCCUGGCACUGUGGUAUCUCAGAGCGAGUAUCUCCUCUUAAAGGAACCGCCCGGAUAAAAACCUGCAGCUACACCGCUAACACGUUUACGGCGCAGAGCUAGCAGGUAAGCGUUGUGUAAAUCACACCUAAACCUAUAGACAGAUCUAUCCGGUGUACAUGUUGUUGUUGUACGCGUAACUACAUUAAACCAUUUUUAAAUCA